UCCCGCACUCUUUCUGUUUUUGUCUUCUUUCUUCCCAUUUCAGCGAUCCCCUGACACCGAGUUGCACUCACUCCGAGUCAUGACUCGGCCUUCCAAGCCCGGUUCUGCCGGCAGCCGAUUCCAAGUCUUCGAUUUCAACGACGACGAUGAGCGAGUCGAGAAGACUUCUAACAGGUAUGUUUCCCAAUUCUUAAACCCUAAGAAGAAGAAGACGAUGACGACGACGACGAAGACGAAGACGAAGACGCAGUCGCACCAGUCCCCCAUUACCAAGUACCAGUUCCUCCAGUGCUUUGCACCUGGUACCGAGAUUGUUGACAAGGUUUGUAGCAAGGAUUGUAGCAAUGAAUUCAUUGAUCUUGAUGCUGAAGUUGGACAAGAGGAAGGGACCCUGGAAAAGAAGAAUUGCAAUGGACUGUUAGAUUUUAAUGGUUGUGAUAUAGGUCGUCAAUCUACAUAUACUGUUUCCAAUCCAAUAAACAUGCCACCAGGAGAUGGUGCUUUGAAAGAGGAUAUCUCUGGACUGGAUGCCUAUUUGAUAUCUACUUCUUCAAAUCCUGAAAAUGAGCCAGUUGAUACUAUAUCAGAUGAUGAUGAUAGCAGUAUUGAAAUUAGCUCUCCAUUGAUUUCAACCUUUAGUGCUGUUGAGAAUCUAGUUCCUCUGGAUGAACAAUUCUUAGAGUCAGGUUCUGGUGCAGUGGAGAUUGAUCAGAUAAAUAUGACUGUUACUCUCUUCCCUGAUUUUAUUUUAUACGGAGAUAGAUAUUGUAAGGCAACUCGGUUGACAUUUUCAUGCAGCUGUAUCAAACUGGAAGGUUCAUUAGUUAAUGGCAUCAGUGAAACAUUUCGCUCUCAAUGGGCUACUAGGGAUAUCAUUUCUAUUGAAUCACAAUGGUGUCAAACGGUUGAAACAGCUACUAUCAAAUUGCAUCUUAAAUCAAAGGAUUCUAAAGGAAAUGGAAAGGGAAACUGCACAUCAGGCAUUCAGCAGUUGACAUUUGGAGUUUAUGACCCUCAUUGGCUCAAAAAUGGAGAGAAAGCAAUUAAGUUAUUGGAUGCAAAAUACAAGGAUAUAUGGAAUACUAAUUUCAAUCCUGAUGUAGAAAGGGACAAGGAAGAGUUGUUGGGGCGAAGCUGGAUGUCAUCCUCUAAGCAUUACUUUCCUAAUCUCGAUGAGCCUUUUAAAGAUGUCAUCUAUCCCAAAGGGGAUCCCGAUGCUGUUUCCAUCAGUAAGAGUGACAUUGAGCUUCUACAGCCUGGGACAUUCAUAAAUGAUACUAUAAUUGACUUUUAUAUUAAAUACUUGAAGAACAACAUUCAACCUGAAGAACAACAUAGAUUCCACUUUUUCAAUAGUUUUUUCUUUCGGAAGCUUGCUGAUCUUGACAAAGAUCCAUCAUGUGCUUGUGAAGGCAAGGCAGCAUUUCAACGUGUUCGUAAAUGGACGAGGAAAGUAAACAUUUUCGAAAAGGAUUACAUCUUCAUUCCUGUAAAUUACAGUCUUCAUUGGAGUUUGCUUGUCAUCUGUCAUCCUGGUGAAGUAGCUAAUUUUGAAGUAAGUGAAGGAUCAUCGAGGGUUCCAUGCAUCUUGCACAUGGAUUCCAUUAGGGGAAGUCACAGAGGCCUAAAAAAUCUUGUUCAAAGUUAUCUAUGCGAAGAGUGGAAAGAGAGGCAUAGUGGGACAGCAGAAGAUAUUUCUUCAAAAUUCUUAGAGCUGAGAUUUGUCCCAUUGGAGCUUCCACAGCAGGAAAAUUCAUUCGACUGUGGUCUUUUCUUGCUCCAUUACGUGGAACUUUUUCUGGAGCAAGCUCCUCUUAACUUCAGCCCCUUUAACAUCAUGGAGUUAUCCACCUUUCUAAACAGAAAUUGGUUCCCACCUACCGAGGCUUCUCUUAAACGAACUUGGAUCAUGAAGUUAAUUCAUGGUAUCCUUGAAGAUCAUUCUCAACAAGCUCCAGCUGAUAGCACUGACAAACAUUCUUCUCCAGUAGUAUCCAAUAAAACAGACAGUCAAGCAACUGGAGUUAUGUAUCUUGAUGAGAUAUGCACUUCAACAGAAGCAUGCGAUGGCAAUUCCUCUAGUUCCAAUGUUGAUGAAGGGAUUAGAAUCUCAUCGUUAGAAGCUACCUCUCCAAGAGGCGUCAGCUGUUCUGUGGAAUCAGGAUUAGGUUAUGGGAAGUUGUUUGAUCCUGGAAAUUGUGCUAGAUCAUUGUCUGAUGUAGGCAAUCUACAGUUAGCUCCAAACUGUCCAGAGAGUAUCAUCUCACUGGUAGAGGGAGCUGAAGAGACUGAUGAUUUGGUUGCUAAAUCACAAUUGGGCACGGAAGACCAUCGUCAAGUUGUUGGCUUGGCAUCUGAUCUCUGCUCAACGUCUUAUAUGGGCACAAGUUUUGGAGAGUUGGAAACAACUAAGGAAUGUGAAUACUCUAUGCCUCAGUGGAAAUCUGAUGGUGGUAAUUCAGUUUCUAGAACAGGUAAGGAACGCCGGAACUUACCAGAGGUGGGGAUAGAUCAAGACCGCAGUCCACCGGAGAUAAUUGAGGUAUUUUCCUGUCUUCGGAAACCAAAUGAACCUCAAUCUUCCUCAACCUGGAGUGAGGAACUUGCAGAUUGUGUUGUGGAAGACUCUGAAGAGGCAGAUAGCAUGCAUGAAAGCCGUAAACUUGUCAUGUCCACUGCGAAAGGCGAUUCAGUUGAAAUCAUUAGUCCUAAACCUGUUGAACUUCAGGUUUCGAAGAGACAAAGGCUAGUUCCUCCUGAAGAUGGAAAACUGUUGUUUUGCUAGGAAAUCUACCAAAAACAUUACGUUUUUGUGAUGGCUUUUUUUUUUCAAAGUGUAAUUAGAUAAACAGAAUAUAUAGGCUGUAUAGUAUUUAAGUGAGAAUGUCGCUAAUAAAGGUUUUUGGUUGUAGAAACUCAAACAUCAAAAACUCAUCAAAGCAAAUUUAUUUUGAUGCUCACCA